UAACAGGUAUGAUGUCAAGUGUGAUGCUGAUGCUACAGGGACUGAGCCAGCCUCUUUUGGCGCAGACUCUGUCAUCCUAGCUGUGCUUCUAGCUCGGGGUUUCGGAGGAGGGCAUCUCAUAAUCAGGUCACAUUCCGCUGAGGAGCCACCGUCCAGCUCUCCCUGAACCGGGAGACCAGAGGGGGCAGAAGACAAACAAUUGCUUUGCGAGAGGUGGAGGGAAAAAAAGACCGAGAUCAGAGAUGAGAGCCCCGGGCUGUUGUCUGGUGCCACUGUGGCUGUUGGCUGUCGCCUUGGCGGAAGGGGACAGCAAAGGGGGGAAAGACGGAGAACAUCCAGGCAAUUUUAUGGAGGACGAGCAAUGGCUGUCUUCUAUUUCUCAAUACAGCGGCAAGAUCAAACACUGGAACCGCUUUCGAGACGAAGUGGAGGAUGACUAUAUCAAGAGCUGGGAAGAUAAUCAGCCAGUUGAUGAAGGUUUGGACACAACCAAGGACCCCUGCCAGAAAGUGAAGUGUAGCCGGCACAAAGUUUGCAUUGCCCAGGGCUACCAGAGGGCUAUGUGUAUUAGCCGCAAAAAGUUAGAGCACAGAAUCAAGCAGCCUGCCCUGAAACACCAUGGAAACAAAGAAAGCUUUUGCAAACCAUGUUACAUGACCCAGCUCGCAUCUGUCUGCGGCACUGAUGGACACACUUACAGCUCUGUGUGUAAACUGGAGCAGCAAGCCUGCCUGACCAGCAAGCAGCUGGCAGUGAAGUGUGAGGGCCAGUGCCCCUGCCCAACCGAGCAUGGCCCCACCUCAACCACAGAUGUCAAACAAGAGACUUGUACCGGGCAGGACUUAGCAGACCUGGGCGACCGUCUGCGGGACUGGUUCCAGCUCCUACAUGAGAACUCCAAGCAGAACAGUUCUGGAAACCCAGGGGCCAAUCCAGUGAAUGUACUAGACAAGAGCCUGGUGGCCAGUUGCAAGGAUUCCAUUGGCUGGAUGUUUUCCAAGCUAGACACAAACAAUGACCUUUUCCUGGACCAGGCAGAGCUCGCAGCAAUCAACCUAGACAAGUAUGAGAUUUGCAUCCGGCCCUUCUUCAACUCCUGUGACACCUAUAAGGAUGGCCACGUCUCCACCGCCGAAUGGUGCUUCUGCUUCUGGAGAGAAAAGCCACCCUGUCUUGUGGAGCUGGAGAGGAUCCAGAUCCAAGAAGCAGCAAAAAAGAAACCUGGUGUUUUCAUUCCAAGCUGUGAUGAGGAUGGGUACUACAGGAAGAUGCAGUGUGACCAGAGCAGUGGGGAGUGCUGGUGUGUUGACCAGCUUGGCCUGGAGCUGACAGGAACACGGAUACGUGGAAACCCGGACUGUGAUGACAUAGUUGGGUUCUCGGGGGAUUUUGGGAGUGGCGUUGGAUGGGAGGAUGAGGAAGAGAAAGAGACUGAGGAAGCUGGAGAAGAGGCUGAAGAAGAGGAGGGAGAGGCAGACGACGGAGGCUACAUAUGGUAGAAGCGGAGAAGAGCACAGUUUGGUCGGGAUGCUGGCAGCAAGGCGUGACAGCAGUCAAACUCGAAGGAGAUGAGCAGCUUAAUGAGAUGAUCAGGAAACACAGUUGAAUGUAACUUACUAUAGUAGAAAAAGUGUGUGUGCGCAUGUAUGUGUGUGUGGAUGCUUGGAGUGCUAUUUACAAUGCCCCAGGGACACCCUGCAUUCUCCCAAUAUAGCUGAAAGCACCACUGUAGCAAAGCAAAAGUAAAAAGCAGUCUGCAGUAUUGAUUCAGUUGGGGGUUUUUGUUCCACUUUUAGGUCUGUAUUGAUAAAUAUUUCAGCUCAUGGGCACCCGCCCCCCCCCCCCCCAGUGUGCACAUGCUCACACAUACCAAUACCCACAUGCAUAUUCACAGCCAUGUUAACCACUGAGUAAAAAAACCCACCAGUAAUUAACACCUUGGUAUAUGAAUCUGGCUGCUGAGCUAGCUCACCACUGACUGAAGCAGUUGCACACUGCAAACACCUCAGAAAAUCACAGGAGCGUUUCCCAGUCUGCAUUGUAGCACAUGCACUGCCAUGAAUGACAGGCUGUACUAGUGUGCAGUCCUUCACUUGCCUAAAGUUUAGGUGAAGAAUUGUAUGGCCAUGGUCCAAAUGCAGGGCUGUACCAGUGGGGGUGAGAUCGAAUUGUCCUUGGGCCUGUUUGAGAUUCCUGUUUCUUGGGGGAAAUUAACCUAUAAGGAUAUUGCAUCUUGCUGUUGAAAGCAAUACUCUCGUGGUAGGUCAGUGACUGUUUAGGCACCUGUGGCUGGCUCAGCUACCUUAAAACCAAAAGGGGUAUUGAAGUUUUUUGCCAAACAGAUUGAUCGUGAAUUAAUUCUGCAUCUUCUAGUGGCAAGAAAAGAGGAUCAGGCACUUAGUCUUGCAGACCAUUUUAAUCAUGGGACAAAGUUUUGAUCAAUGAUUUUAAUAACCUUUUUGACCUUGCAUGAUGAAAAAACAAACUGCGUUGUCAGACUCAUUACAAUAAGAGCCCAAGAAAACCUGUUCUGUACCCACUUCCUUCCCAUCCAUCCGCUCUUGUCCAGUGCCAGCUUCUGGCAGUCAGAGGUUUAGGGAUACUCAGAACAUGGGGGUGUGUCCCUGACCAUCUUGGCUAAGAGCCACUGAUGGUCUUGGAGAAAGUGUAUCUUGCAGCUGGUACAGGCAGGACAAGCCAUGAACUAACAGGAUCAGAUAGGCACAUGCUGUCCUAUGAAAACCCAAAAGCUUGGCUGGAACCUGACUCAGAUUGGUAGUGCCCAAAAGCUGUCGCUAUAUGAUACCCAUUAGUGGGGCCAGGUGAAAUGUAUUGGUGGUGUCAGUCCAUUUAUUAGGGAUUGUGGGGGAGGGGCAGAGGAAGGUUCAAUGACAAUGGGUGAUCACGUAGACUGCAGCUUUGUUUUGUCCAUUGAUUAGAAUUUUGUGUGUGUGUAAGCGAGACGUCUUGUGGGCUUCAGAAUACUCCUUACAGUGUUCUACUCUUUGCAAAGCUGGGAGCUGCUUAGACCAGUAGAACUGGCUAUAAGGCUGUCCAUUUAGCUUCUUGAAACCAUUGUGUAAUUCCAGCCACAAUUUCCAUUAUCAGUCCCAGAAAGCCUCCAUGUAGCAGAUGAUGAGAUGAGGGACUAGUGGCAACGUAGCUCCAGGUCGCAUCUUUCCCUGUUUGUGGGAGUAUUCUGCCACCUUCACCCUGUCAGAAAAGGGGAAACAAAGUCUGAAAGGUCAGUUUUUUUGUAAGAUGUAGAGAUGGAAAGAUGCCUUUCCUUCCCCUCUAGGAGACAAGGCAUUUAUUGAAUAUGAACAAUGCAUGUACCAGUGUUUUUUGUCAUUGCUCUCUCUGGAAAGCACCUACGGUUUCCUUCUGUUCAGUUUGUGUGUCCAUCGGGGUUGGGCUGAGGUAUUUUUGGUCACUUUUGAAUAUUCUGUUAGUCACUGGACGAUUGAGAAGCUCUGAUGAGCUGGAAAAGUCAAUGCUAUGGGUUUUACUACAGAAGAACCAACUCCCCAAGAACUCGUAUUUAAAGGCAGGAAGUCUAGGUUAGUGAGGCAUAGGAAGCAACUUGGUGAGGAGCAUGGGGACACAGUGCAGCAGAAGAUGAAGACAGAUGUGAAAAUGACAUUCCUUCAGUGAAAGAAAAGACAUCUCCCCACUUGCGGAACAGCCACCCACCCCCUAUCUUCAGUGCAGCCUCCAGGACCGUAAACUGGGUGUCUGCUCUUGGCUUAAGAAGGUUGGUUCGUUUUUUUUGAUGGAGACACUCACAGUGAGCAGGUUUCAGAGUAACAGCCAUGUUAGUCUGUAUUCGCAAAAAGAAAAGGAGGACUUGUGGCACCUUAGAGACUAACCAGUUUAUUUGAGCAUAAGCUUUCGUGAGCUGCAUCCGAUGAAGUGAGCUGUAGCUCACGAAAGCUUAUGCUCAAAUAAAUUGGUUAGUCUCUAAGGUGUCACAGUGAGCACACACACACACAAAGGGGCUUAAUCCUAUUCCCAUUACGUCAAUGUAAGAUUUGCCACUGACUUAACUGGAAGCUGGAUUUGACCAAGCUAUGUUAAUUUCAGUUUGAUGGAAUGGCCCCCAGCAAUCAGAUGCUAAUAUUGUAAGUGUGGCCCUGUCGGCAUAUGGGUGUGUGACUUGAAAGGCCUGUGCAUGCGUGCGCAGUGUAAACAUGUGUCCCAGUACAGAGAGAGAGAGUGUGGGUGUGUGGUAAAAUAGUGAUAGCCAGCUUGGCUUACAUUGGGCAUUCCAGAUCUUAUGUGACAUUAAGUCUAACAGUCUGAACCGGAAGCUCAAUGUGCUACAAUCCGAGUAAACCCAAAUAAUAUGCUUGCAAUGAUACCACAUUAGAGAACACUGUUAUGUAGCCAGCUGUGAUAAUAAACGCACCUUGCUGUGUGGAACGCUUUACAUUCCUUUCCGCCCAAUCUCUCCCUAAUAAAUACAGACAGCUUAUCCCCCUUUAUUCAGCUAUUUCUCCUGAUCUUCUGAGGAAAGACUAAUUGACCAUGACUGAUGAGGGGACACUGUAGUUGAAUGUGCCACUCCCGAAGGGGAUGACCUUCUCAGUCGGUGCGCUACUUGAAAUGUUCUGUUUUUCUUAGAGUUUGUGUUUAGUAUUGGAUUUUUUCCCCCAUCAGCAUCACCUCACAAACCAUAACACAUGCUUGACCUUUCAUUCCUAAAAGCUCAUUAUUACAUCCCACCCGUUGUCAUUGCCUUUUGGGGCAGUUCCAGUCUCUUUUGUUUGCUUCAUGCCUGCUUGUCUCUGGUACUGGAGUUGCUUCCAGUUGUGCACGUUUAAUAACCUGUAAAUAUGUUUUUGAAUCAAAGGAGCAAUUUUCUAAUCCCGAAGCACUCUAGCUAUGUGGAGCUCCCUUCUUCCCCCGAGACAGUGGGGCUUGCCGCUGAGUUUUGCGCUAGUUAUUAAGGCAUCGGAGUCCUUCGGUCUCAACCAGGCUCAAGGCUGCACUGGUUGUGCUAGGAUUCAGUUCAGCAGUGAAAGACUCCACUGGAGGUGUUUGCCUCUGCUAACAAGGCCUAUAUUGCUGCAGAGGUCAGCUCCUCUAGCUGCAGAAGCCAAAAUAUGAACAAAGGAACAAACACACAAAUCAUCUGCAGCCUUUUGCUUUCUAGAGCUCUACCUCCCUGCCAACACGCACACAAGGUAGUUUAACAACAGGAAUACCCUCAUUACUAAUUUUUCACCUAUGUGUUGGGAUUCUUGUUUGUUUAAUUGACACCACCACCAUUCCCAUAGGAAUCAGCUGUGAUAUCACCACCAUCUCCUUAGCAAGCAGCUCGGCCAUCGCACCUGCCCACAACAUAAGCAGUUGUGCUAGCACAAUGUGUCAUUGGCAGGAGGGGAAAUGUCUAGCUACACUUGUUUUGUUAAAGUUUUUUUUCUUAAGAAUGAACUAAGCCAUUGCAAUAUCUAUGACUGGCCUUCUGACCCGGUGGCUAGUGAUCUUCACUGCUGUGCAGAAGACCUAGCUUCCAUUCCUGGGUUCUCAGCCCCAGAGAUGGCAGGAGCUAGGAGGGCACUGGAAGCACCAGGCUCAGAUCAUCAGAGGAAGGGCCUUGCCUUGUACAGCAGCACACACCCCCUUCCCCUGGAAAAGUAGGAAUGGGGCAGCUGGACAUGGAAAGGAGUCUUAGCCUUCUGGUCAAGGUGAACAGAAUGAGAGGUGGGAUCCGGGAAGAUGCAAAGUGGGCAGAUGGAAUCCUAAGGCACGUAGAGGGCACUGUCUCAGCUGGAGGCUUUUCAAGUGUGGCUGAUCAUUCUCUGUGUUUUUGCAUUCAAGCUUCCUGUGGCUCUUUCCCAUACACUUCUCUUUUACUAUGGAACUACCCUGACUCUACAAAAUCUAGCGCCAUGGCUUUAAACCUUUUAUCCACCUCUUUCUCUCUUCUCCUCCAAACUGGCAAUUAGCUCACUGGUGAUCGAGAGCUAUGUAUAUUAAAACCACUAAUAGAUAAGUAUUUUGAAGGUGUUCAAAACAUGUUCAUUUUGUUUUUUAAUUAUAUGCUUAAUGAAAGAAACUGACUAACAAAGUUCAGAGAGGAGCAACAGCUUGUAGCCUGAAACAUAUUAAAAUGUCUUAUGUGCAAUAACUUUGAACUUAGAGUUAAGAAUCGUGUUCAAGUGCUUGGAUUUCAGUUUGUAUAUUUAAGUGCUGAAAUUGUAUCUCUCAGUAAUUUUAGAUGUUAAUCCAAACCAAGUGUUAGAAUGUAUGUGUGCAUUGAUGGGCACUAGCGCGCCAAACAUUUCAGUUCUUAGGGCCUCCCUUUUCCCAGCUGUUACACUCCUGUCCUGCUUCACAAGGCCACCAGAGAAAGCUGUUUCACAUUGACUAUCUCUGCCUACUACUUAACCUAAGGAAACAAGUACACACACCAAGAAAUGAAAUAUGUUAUUUUUUAAAAAAUUAAUAAAAAUUUAUAAACACUCUUUU